UGUGGGAGGUCCUCAAGGCCGCUGAGGUCGUUGGUGUGUGUUGAACAGCUUGUGGAAGUCGUGCUUCUUUGGGUAGGAGGUUAAAGUCGUUCUUGAGAGGAACGUCUCUGUCCGAAGAGAAAAUGAGUUUAGCUCUGAGAAAUGAACUUGUAGUAGACAAAACAAAGAGGAAAAAAAGAAGAGAACUCUCUGAAGAACAGAAACAAGAAAUCAAAGAUGCUUUUGAACUAUUUGACACCGACAAAGAUGAAGCAAUAGAUUAUCAUGAAUUAAAGGUGGCAAUGAGAGCCUUGGGGUUUGAUGUAAAAAAAGCUGAUGUACUGAAGAUUCUUAAAGAUUAUGACAGAGAAGCCACAGGGAAAAUCACCUUUGAAGAUUUUAAUGAAGUUGUGACAGACUGGAUAUUGGAAAGAGAUCCACGUGAAGAAAUAUUGAAGGCAUUUAAACUAUUUGAUGAUGAUGAUUCAGGUAAAAUAAGCUUGAGGAAUUUGCGACGUGUUGCCAGAGAAUUGGGUGAAAACAUGAGUGAUGAAGAACUUCGGGCUAUGAUAGAAGAAUUUGAUAAAGAUGGUGAUGGAGAAAUAAAUCAAGAGGAGUUCAUUGCUAUUAUGACUGGUGACAUUUAAAGAAUUACAAGGAUAAACACUAAGAAUGUUGCAGUUAAUCAUCUUAUAUUCUAUUUUUGUGCUUGGAGGCAUGUAAAAAAACUCCCAACUUAGUUUUCUUUUUUCCAAAAGGACCAAAAAUAUGCAUCUUGUGUAUUCAUAUUUUACUACUGUUAAGUUUCUUUGUAUGAACAGUAUUGUUAGUAGUCUAAUAGUUUAUAGCUUUGUAUUUAUAAUAUAGCUUUUAUAUAUAUAAAGUUUAAAAAAUUGAAUCGUGGUACACAUUCUUUGAAAUUUUUUUAUUCAGUAUUAGUAGUCACUUUUGUUUCAAUGCACAUGUUUUCCAGACUUUCAUUAAUAAAAUGUUUAUUUUA